CCGCUCCCCGCGGCCAUGGCGGGGCUGCCCCUGGCGCUGCUGCUGCCGCUGCUGCUGCCGCUGCUCCCCCCGGUGCCCCCCGCCCGCGCCGCUCCCCCCCGCCCCGGCGCCACGGCGAUGGGCGCCCCGGGAGGCACCGCCCCGGGACCCCGCAACGGCACCGGGGCGGCCACGGCGGCGCCCCCCAACACCGCCCCCCCCUCCAGCCCCGCUGCCCCCGGGCGCCCGCCCGAGGGGGGGGCCGGGACCGCAGCUGCAGCACCCCGGAGGAAGGUGGUGCGGGUUAAAGUGGUGAGGAAGAAGGUGCUGAAGAAGAAGGUGCUGAAGAAGAGGCCGAAGGCUCCAGCCAAGGACACGGCUGCUCCACAGGAGCCUUCGUGCCCCCCCCUGGGGCUGGAGUCGCUCCGGGUGCGGGACUCGCAGCUCCGCGCCUCCAGCACCAAGCGCUACGGGCUGGGAGCGCACCGCGGCCGCCUCAACAUCCAGUCAGGGCUCUACGAUGGGGACUUCUACGACGGGGGCUGGUGCGCGGGGCAGGAGGACGCGGGGCAGUGGCUGCAGGUGGAUGCCCGCGGCCUCACCAACUUCACCGGCGUCAUCACCCAGGGCCUCAACUCCAUCUGGACGUACGAUUGGGUGACGUCCUACAAGGUGCAGGUCAGCAACGACACCUACACGUGGCACCCGUGCCGCAACGGCACCGAGGAGGCGGUGUUCCCCGGGAACAAGGACCCCGAGACUCCCGUUCUGAACGUGCUGCCGGAGCCGGCCGUGGCGCGGUACCUGCGCAUCAACCCGCAGUCCUGGUUCCCCAACGGCACCAUCUGCCUGCGGGCCGAGGUGCUGGGCUGCCCGCUGCCCGACCCCAGCAACAUCCGCGCCCAGCACGGGCAGCCCCAGCCCGGCACCCGCCUGGAUUUCCGCCACCACAACUACAAGGAGAUGCGAAAGCUGAUGAAGCGGGUGAGCGAGGAGUGUCCCGACAUCACCCGCGUCUACAGCAUCGGGAAGAGCUACCUGGGCCUCAAGAUGUACGUCAUGGAGAUCUCGGACAAGCCCGGGCAGCACGAAGUGGGAGAGCCGGAGUUCCGCUACGUGGCCGGGAUGCACGGCAACGAGGUGCUGGGCCGGGAGCUGCUGCUCAACCUCAUGGAAUACCUGUGCCAGGAGUUCCGGGCCGGCAACCCCCGCGUGGUGCAGCUGGUGACCGAGACCCGCAUCCACCUCCUGCCCUCCAUGAACCCCGACGGCUACGAGACCGCCUACAAGCUGGGCUCGGAGCUGUCGGGCUGGGCCAUGGGCCGCUGGACCUACGAGGGCAUCGACCUCAACCACAACUUCGCCGACCUCAACACGGCGCUGUGGGAUGCUGAGGACAAUGACUUGGUGCCCCACGAGUUCCCCAACCACUACAUCCCCAUCCCCGAGUACUACACCUUCGCCAACGCCACGGUGGCGCCGGAGACGCGGGCGGUGAUCGACUGGAUGCAGCGGUACCCGUUCGUGCUGAGCGCCAACCUGCACGGCGGGGAGCUGGUGGUCACCUACCCCUUCGACAUGACCCGCACCUACUGGAAGGCGCAGGAGCUCACCCCGACGGCCGACGACGGCGUGUUCCGCUGGCUGGCCACCGUGUACGCCACGUCCAACCUGGCCAUGGCCAGCGAGGAGCGGCGCCUCUGCCACUACGACGACUUCACCCGCUACGGCAACAUCAUCAACGGCGCCAACUGGCACACGGUGCCCGGCAGCAUGAACGACUUCAGCUACCUGCACACCAACUGCUUCGAGAUCACCGUGGAGCUCUCCUGCGACAAGUUCCCGCACGCCUCCGAGCUGCCGGCAGAGUGGGAGAACAACCGGGAGUCCCUCCUGCUCUACAUGGAGCAGGUUCACCGUGGGAUUAAGGGGGUAGUCCGGGAUGGAGACACGGACGAGGGAAUCGCCAACGCCAUCAUCUCUGUGGAUGGCAUCAACCACGACAUCCGGACGGCCUUCCACGGGGACUACUGGCGGCUGCUGAACCCGGGCGAGUACGAGGUGACGGCGCGGGCCGAGGGCUACGAGGCGGCCACGCAGCCGUGCCGGGUCCCCUUCGAGAACGUGCCCACCCCCUGCAGCUUCCGCCUGCGCCGGGCCCCGCGCCCGCGGGGGAGCCGCCUGCCCCCGGACCGGCCCCUGCGCCUGCAGCGACGGCGCCUCCGCCGCCUGCGCGCCCAGCGCCGCGCACCCUGA